AGACUAUUCCUUACCAAAAAUUUUGAGGAAGAUGCUCCGCCCAGCGAAUGAGAACGGGGACACAAGUGAUUUCCCGGACAUCCAAGACCCCAUUCGGGAGAGCUCACGCAAAAGAUUUCUCAAGGUUGAUCAAAUCAUGAAUGAUUCUGUUGAAGAAGAUCACUUUUUAGAAGAGACCAGACAAGAGCCUAGCAUGCUUGGCAGGAUAAACUGAAUGAUUAUUAGCGAGAGUAGUAAGCGCAGAAAACAUCUGGGCAAGGAGCCAAAUGUCAUCUACACCAAGUCCCAGAUGAAGAAUUCGAGGGGAUGGUUGAAGGCAUAUGUUGCACAUCUUAAUCCGAAGAGGAUGAAGAACCCACCGAAGGGGAAUACUUUCCGUGCAAAACAGAAUAGGCUGUCUAAUGUGCCCAGUGUGAAAUAUGUCCGUCCAAACAUGAGUAGGAAGAAGAACUCUCACAGAAGGGCAUUGUCUAUGCCUCUUCUAUGAAAGAGCAUUGGAAGAGCGUCUCCUGUUGUGAUGAAUCAGCCACAUGCACCUUUCUGAGCUCCAGCUAGAGGCUCUUUAAUGGCGAAAUAUCAGGGCUGAAGGAAGACACUCGAUUUUAGAGCUAUAAAUGAGAAAAUUCUUAGUCUCAAAAGUAUGCAUCAAAGAACCUCAAAGUGCUAAUUUAGUAGUUGUGAAGGAGAAUUGAGUUA